AAUGUAAAGCUGUCUGUACAGUUAUGGCGACCCCAAAGAGAAAGCAUGAAAGAACCUUUAGAGUAGAGUUCAACACUUAAGGCAAGUAGACAAGCCAAAGACCUCUUAAGGAUCAGGCUUGAAGAGAAGGGAGAGUUUGGGAAAAGAAAAAAUAAAGAAAAGCUGGAAGAAGGACAAGCCUAAUGGGAGACAAAGCCUCGCUUUAUCUACAAAAGGGGGAAAAGGUUGUUUUUCAAAGUUAAAGAUAAAGCCAUCUGUCAUUUUUGGCCAAGCAUCUCAUGACAAGUCCUUCUGACAAGCACUUAAAGAGUUAAAGGUCAAGAUGAAGUUGAAUGAUGGCCAAGAUUAAAGGAAUCAUACCUGAUCACAUUUGAGGAUGUUCGUGAUGCCGAAGAUGCAUUACAUAAUUUGGACAGAAAAUGGAUUUGUGGACGUCAAAUUGAAAUCCAGUUUGCGCAGGGGGAUCGAAAGACACCAAAUCAAAUGAAAGCGAAGGAAGGAAGGAAUGUAUACAGUUCUUCUCGCUACGAUGAUUAUGACAGAUAUAGACGUUCUAGAAGCCGGAGUUAUGAAAGGAGGCGAUCAAGAAGUCGGUCUUUUGAUUACAACUAUAGAAGAUCUUAUAGUCCUAGAAACAGUAGACCGACUGGAAGACCACGGCGUAGCAGAAGCCAUUCCGACAAUGAUAGAUUCAAACACCGAAAUCGAUCUUUUUCAAGAUCUAAAUCCAAUUCAAGAUCACGGUCCAAGUCCCAGCCCAAGAAAGAAAUGAAGGCUAAAUCACGUUCUAGGUCUGCAUCUCACACCAAAACUAGAGGCACCUCUAAAACAGAUUCCAAAACACAUUAUAAGUCUGGCUCAAGAUAUGAAAAGGAAUCAAGGAAAAAAGAACCACCUAGAUCCAAAUCUCAGUCAAGAUCACAGUCUAGGUCUAGGUCAAAAUCUAGAUCAAGGUCUUGGACUAGUCCUAAGUCCAGUGGCCACUAAUAGCUUAAACCAUGAUAUUUUUAGGCAUGUAUCAUUCAUUUACUCAUAGUUUGGUUUACUUAAAUUAUCAGGAAUACAAUGUUGCAAUGAUGCUUAAAAAAAACACACAACACUUGUUAGUUUUCCCUGUACCAGGCAAUGGUUAUAAUUAAAAUGAUAUGCUGUUGAGAAGCCACUCUUAAGAGUCCAGUUUGUUUAAUGUUAAUGGGCAGCUACCAAUUUGUGGUGUCUCUGUAUAUUUUUGUAAAGAUUCUCAUUUUUUUAUGCUUGAAGUAUUGGUGAAAAGAUGUUGGUUGACCAUAAUUUGCAACAUUGUUUUAUUCAAGAUAAACUUUCAUAUCCAUAUUUGGUAGAACUUGUUAACCUAGAAACAUAGCUUGUUAAUAAAAUAGAAUAAUACAAAAGUGAAGUUGUAGCCACAGUACAACACUGACUGCUCAGACACAUUUAGGUUCAGGGUGGACCUUUAAUGUCUUACCAAGAUGUCUAGGCCCAUUAUAAUAUUUUAUUUAUGAAGCAGUGUGGAAUAAAUCGUUCUUUUGUUAUCCCCCACUGCCUUGGGGAAUGAUGCCAACUGGGUUAAGUAGCAUUUACAGGGAAAUUGAGUUUUUGACUGAAAUACAGAGCCUUCACUGCUUUUUUUUUCUGGUUUCUAUGCAGAUUUGAAACAUAAAAAAUAUCAGAACUCACCUUAAAUUUGAGCAGGUCUUUGAUGACAUGAAUAAUUUGAGAGGAAAGAAUGCUGUUUUGUAGUUAUUCUAAAUUUUAAGGAGGAUUGUUGACCAUGAUACUGCUUCGUUUUCUUACUGCUGUUGGAAGCAAGUAAAUUGUUUCAAAGUAGGUUUUGUUUGUGUGUGUGCAUAGUGUAAAAUAAUUGCAAUGCUUCUAGCACUCAGUUGGUUUGUGCAUUUGUAUCAAAAUCUGCCUACCUCUUUAUGAGGGAGGCUUGCUCUUCACACCUCAGUUUAUUUUAUGUGAGGCAAGUUGAAAGACGACACUCCCAUUACUAGGUGAUUCAGUGGUGCCAUGAAAUUUUAAAUAAUUGGGGGAAGGAUUAGUCAGUUUAAAGCAAGAGUCAUAUCUCUUGAGUCUUGAUUGAUUAUCAGUGUACUCACUGGUAAUUAGUACAUUAUUGUACUUGGCAGUACCUGGCUAAAAAUGAAGAAAUGAUACCUUUGGCUAUUUAUCAUUUCUAUUAUUUCUCUGAGAGAUUGUUUUGGGGGCCAUAAAAGUAACUUAAUGACAUGUCCAAUCUCAUUUCAGAAUAAAAGCUAGCUUCUUUAAAAAUCUCAGAUUGCUGGCUUGCAGAUUUAAGUAAGAAAUAUUGUGGGAAAACGAUUCCUUUUAGAGGAUUACUUUUUCGUUUUUUGGUUUUAGUAAUCUAGGCCUGCCUGUAAAGAACAAAAGAUGGUUUUUAAAUACUGUUUGUGGAAUGUGUUCAAAGGAUUGAUUCUAGAACCUUUGUAUAUUUGAUAGUAUUUCUAACUUUCAUUUCUUACUGUUUGCAGUUAAUGUUCAUGUUCUGCUAUGCAAUCAUUUAUAUGCACGUUUCUUUAAUUUUUUUAGAUUUUCCUGGAUGUAUAGUUUAAACAACAAAAAGUCUAUUUAAAACUGUAGCAGUAGUUUGCAGUUCUAGCAAAGAGGAAAGUUGUGGGGUUAAACUUUGUAUUUUCUUUCUUAUAGAAGCUUCUAAAAAGGUAUUUUUAUAUGUUCUUUUUAACAAAUAUUGUGUACAACCUUUAAAACAUCAAUGUUUGGAUCAAAACAAGACCCAGCUUAUUUUCUGCUUGCUGUAAAUUAAGCAAACAUGCUAUAAUAAAAACAAAAUGAAGGAAAUAACGAUUAACUGGAAUUAUUAUAGUUUUGGAUAUGAUUCUAAAAUAACAAUGAAAACAAUCCUUUGUAGAUUUAGGAAUAUUGUUAAUCAGUGUUGCACUAGGCACAAUUAACUUUGACUUUGGAAAGGAUAGACCUUGCCAGAAAUCUACAUCUUUUACAUAGUACUUUAAAAAUCAUUAUGUAACGUCAAAGUUGUUUCAUGAUUGCUCAUUAAGCCUCUUGGAUUAAAUAACUUAGAGGUUAUUCAGUAGUGUUAAGGUACCUGUUAAAAUGAAAUUGGGGGCCAGCUAAUUUAUGUUUUCCUAUUGGAUGGGCCAAUAUUUCUGCUCUCCUCCCUUUCUAAUCAAGAUACAUUUGGUCUUGUGUUUAUGGCAUGAUUUAAAGUACUUUUGCAUUGAAUGUUGGAGAGCAAUUAAGAUGAAGUAAUAACCAUUUGGGGAUAAUGGUUUAGGUAUUUUUUUUUGUUUGAAUUCUAGCUACUUGAUAAUGACAAUAAUUUUAGCUGAUAUUUAUUGAGUAUUUAUGAUGUGCCAGACAUUUUUAAAAACCUUUACAUGUUAACUAAUUUACUCUUCACAAAACCCUAUGAGAAAGAUAUUUUUUUAUUAUCCCCAUAUCACAGAUUAAGGAAACUGAGGCACGGAGACUGUAAAUGGCAGGGCGAGGAUUUGAGCCCAGGCCUAGUCCUUAGUUUUGUUUUCUGUGUGUUUUUUUGAGAGAAUUUAAUAACAAAAAAAAAACCCAUCUCCCAAUAAUAUUAUCAGACCCUAAGUUUUGAUGAGAAACUUACAGUGCAGUAUAAGCACAUUAAUCCCAAAAGUCGAUUCAGAAGAUAGGCCAUUAAAAAUUCUUCUCAGACUCUGAAACUAGGAGGUCGUGUUUUUUUUCACUUGCCUCGCUUAUUUUUAGACUGAAAACAGUUUUCUUGAAAACCUUAUACCCAACAGCUUCAGAAGUACGUAAUUGAACCUAUGAUAGUUAGGAUCCUGUUGGUAUUUGAUAAGGAUCCUUACACAGUAUUUUAAGUUAAUUUUGGGUUACAUAGUUGAGUUCCACAAUUAUUAAGCACUUAUUGUGUAUCUGGCACAAUACUCAACGUUAGAGUAGAUCGUAUCAGGACUCAAGUGAGGGCUGACACUUCACCUCUCUUUUUACUUAAGACCUCUCUGCAUUUUUUUUUUUUUUUU